GUCGCGUGUAGUAUUGCACUUUAGUAUUAGCUGAGUUGAGGUGUGUGUGAUGUUAGCUGUGACACAACACACCGUCAGGUAGUUUCUGAUAAGACGUAAUUACAUCGUCAUAGUUAUUAUUUUUUAGUUUGGUGACGUAAUGGACGCUGUGCUGUCCCGGCUCUUCUCCUCGGAGGAAGAGGAGCUGUACAUGUUGGACUGCAUGGCUUACUUGAUGGUGUUCAUGGCAGCCUGCACCUUCCUCACCCUGCUCUUUGAAAACGUCCCGUACGGCCGCUACUCCAGCAGCAGGUACGGGUUCCCGGUGAACGCCCGGUUCGCCUGGUUCGUCCAGGAGCUGCCUGCCUUCCUCGUCCCUCUGUGUCUGCUGCUUUGGACAUCCUCUGCAAAGAGCUCCCUGCUGCCCAACCAGCUGCUCAUCGCCAUGUACCUCUGCCACUAUGUCCAGAGAUCCCUCAUUUAUCCAUUUUUAAUCCGAGGAGGUAAACCAACGCCGUUCGUCUCCUUCGCCCUGGCCAUUGUUUUCUGCAUCUAUAAUGGCUACAUGCAGAUCAGGUACCUGAGCCAUUACGCUGAGUACCCUGCAGACUGGGUUACACAUCCCUGCUUCAUCACAGGGUCGCUGCUGUGGUUGGUCGGUUGGCUGGUGAAUAUGCACUCUGACCACAUCCUGAGGAACCUGAGGAAGCCUGGAGAGACCAGUUACAAGAUUCCCACAGGCGGAAUGUUUGAUUAUGUGUCUGGAGCCAACUUCUUAGGAGAGAUAACAGAGUGGGCAGGCUUCGCUCUGGCUGGCCACUCUGUUCACAGUUCAGCCUUUGCCAUCUUUACCACAGUGGUCCUCGCCAGCAGGGCUGUGGCCCACCACAAAUGGUACCACGCCAAGUUCGAAGACUACCCAAAAACUAGGAAGGCACUGAUUCCCUUUGUUUUGUAAAACCACCAUGGGAGUCUGAGAAGGUACUGGUUCUUGGAAUGGCUGAGGCGAGAGAACAUCCCACAAUAUUUUUUUUUAGUUCAGGAAAGCUCUAAUGUCAGAACAAACCUUGAAGAUAUUGUUUCACUGAAAACAAAAUGAAGCCGGCUGCGUGCUUGCACACAAUCUCAUUCAAGCUGCAAGCAAGCAACAGUUAAAAACCAUCGUGUUAAAUAGAUGUUUGUCAUCACCUGUGCUUAUUACAUUGUUAAUAAUGUCCAUAAAGCAAAAUCACCUCAACUAUGCACUGAAUGUACUGGAAUGGAAGUGCUGUGUUUGCUGGAGAGGCAACAUUCAGCGCUCCUCGGGAGGAAAUAAGAAAGCGGACGGAGCAUACCUCAACAGUAAUACAGUGGAUUUAUAACACUCUGCAGCAGCAAUAAACACUUUUAAGACUCUCCGCUGAUCUGCAUAUUCUCCCAGAUGGAACAUAAACUGAAAAAAUGCAAAGCAGACACUUAAAGUUUUCAUUCACUCUCAAGAGUCAUCUGUUGCGAAUGCAUCUUUUUAACAUCCAUUGCAACUGAAAAGACGAACGAAGGAGGGCCUUGAAUGAAGUCCCAGCACAUUCUCCUGCUGUUUUACGCUGGGUGUCAUCAGAAGGACUUUUCUACCUGCCUCAUCAUCUCAGACUCCUGGAUAAAGAAGCCACGUUGGAACAAAAGGUGACCAUCUCUGUCCUGUGAAGACUGUCCACAGCUUCUCGGCUGCAGGGAAUCAAAUGGAGGUCGAGCACGGCCCUCAAUAACUCACCCAUGCCUGAAAUGAGAAGAGGAGAGCGUCGCCUCAACACAUCACUCCUGUCAGGGCUUCUGAGAAGGACAGGAAGGAAGGAUGAAUGAGUGUGUGAAGGCAUAAACACUGAAUGGGUGAGGUUGUUUAUGAUUGAAUGAGAAGAGGGAGCCUGGGAGGAAAGAUAAGAAAACAAAACACUGGGAUCAAAGUGAACAUCUCUUCUAUUCUAUUAGUGUUUCAUAAUCACUGUUACCACAAGCCACACAAUCUCAUCAGUGAGAGUCAAGACCUUUUUGGAAUUGUGCCUUAUUUUAUAUAGAUGCUAAUAAUGUGAUCUGUCUCAUUGUCAGUGUUUCUCAAAAUAGAUUUAGAUAGGAAACAAGUGCACUUACGUCGUCACUUUGGUUACAGUUUUUCACAAGCUAAAUUCAUUUGCAAACUUGACUGCAUUGAAACAUUUUCUACUGUGUUCCUCUCUCAAAAUGUGCCAGCUGCUUUUUCCUCUUGAUCAGUCCCUGUGUUCCCAGUUGGGGACAUUUCCCCAAACCAGUCACAGCAAAGGUCACGUCAUUAUGAAUGUUAUUAACGUGUUGUAUUUGAAUAUAUUCUGUCAUCAUUUUACACAUGGUUUCAUCAAUAAAUAAUAAGACCUCUGUGUCUGAGUGUGAUGAGAAA